CCCAACCAAGUACUCCUGUGCGCGGUACAUACUUGGACAUCACUAAUCCGCCUGAUUCCCAUUUCCCAGCUGGUGUAUCUGCCACAGCACUGCCAGAAACGCUGCCACUGACAAGCGAUGACAAGGUUUACAAUAUGAGGAGCCUGUGGUCAGAGGUAGACAUACAGAAGCAGAAGUGAAGGACCUGCCCAUCAAUGGCCAACCCCACUGCUGGGCUUGAUGUUCUGUGAUAGAGAAGUGAGUGGACCAGAAAUACUGUAGCCAAUUACCAUGGAGGACACUCAGCCCAAACCUGCUACCCCAGAGCCGCCCAGUCCAGCACCUAGUCCAGUACCCAGCCCACUGUUGGACAGUAUAGCUUUGCCUGCAGCAAACCAUGUGGAGCACCUAAAUGUGAACCAGAUUCAGGUGGUGGUACGGCGCUGCUCCAGUCCAAAUGUCACAGAGGAGACCACCUAUUUUAUUCCUCGAAACCCUGUGGUGGAUGCUGGCACCAACACAGACCCGCCAGUGGUCUGCUGCCCCUUGCUCCACAGAUUUUGCCCAUGUCCACCAAGAGGCCUUCUGGCCUCUCUCAUCACUAAAUUCCUUUUGGCGCUUGUGCUCUUUGGAGUGGUGUGGUCUAUCACAGAGGAUGAAUGUCUUCCAGGGGGCAACCUGUUUGGCAUCACGAUCCUCUUCAUCUGUGCACUCAUCGGUGGCAAAUUGGUGGCUCUCAUCCGUCUGCCCAAACUUCCACCGUUCCCACCACUCCUCGGUAUGCUGCUGAUGGGUUUCCUGCUGAGAAACAUCCCUGUUAUAACAGAUGGGGUGUACAUUGACUUCAGAUGGUCUGCAUCACUGAGGAACGUCGCUCUGGCUGUCAUUCUGGCCAGAGCGGGUCUGGGGUUGGAUCCCACGGCUCUGAGGAAACUAAAAUCUGUGUGUAUACGUGUGGCAGCUGGGCCCUGCAUCAUAGAGGCUUGCACCACGGCUCUAAUAUCUCACUUCCUCAUGGGCUUACCCUGGGUGUGGGGCUUCAUCCUUGGCUUUGUGCUGGGCGCUGUGUCUCCAGCAGUGGUGGUUCCCUCCAUGCUGCUGCUGCAGAAGGACGGUUACGGCGUGGAGCAGGGCAUCCCCACCCUGCUGAUGGCUGCAGGCAGCUUUGACGACAUCCUUGCCAUCACAGGGUUCACCACAUGCUUGGGCAUGGCCUUCGCCACAGGCUCCACUUGGUACAACCUCCUGAGGGGUGUGCUGGAAGUGGGUGGUGGGAUGGUUGCUGGGAUUCUUCUUGGCUUCAUCAUCCAGUACUUUCCUAGUGUUGACCAGAAACACAUAGUAAUGAAGCGAUCCUUCUUGGUGCUGGGUCUGUCCGUCUUUGCCGUAUUCGGCAGCGGCGUGGCUGGGUUUCCUGGCUCCGGAGGCCUCUGCACUCUGGUGUUGGCAUUCCUUGCGGGCCUCGGUUGGGGGACAGAAAAGGCACGUGUGGAAGAAGUUGUAGGAUGGGCGUGGGACGUGUUUCAGCCUCUACUAUUCGGACUAAUAGGAGCAGAGAUUCGAGUCUCUGAGCUGGAAGGACUCACAGUUGGUCUGGGUAUAGCCACUCUGCUCAUUGCCUUGCUGGUUCGAGUCCUGUUCACCUUUGUCUGUGUGUUGUGUGCGGGCUUUAACAUGAGGGAAAAAGUGUUCAUAGCCCUAGCGUGGAUGCCCAAAGCCACAGUGCAGGCAGCUAUAGGCUCCACGGCUUUAGACAUGGCCAGGACAAAGGACGACAAGCAGCUGCAGAAGUACGGCAUGGAUGUGCUGACUGUGGCUGUGCUGGCCAUCCUUCUCACUGCCCCUGUUGGAGCUCUUAUCAUAGGGCUCACUGGACCUUGCCUGCUACAAAAACCAAAG